AUGGCCGGUGCGAAAAAAAAUUCGUGCUAUCCGAAUUCGACAUUAGAUUUUGCCGAUCUACUUCCAAUCAGCAAUCGACAAAAAGGAGUAUACCGCAGCGCUAUAUUCCACGAUGUUGAUCUUCUCUUGACCUCAUUCGUUAGUAAAGACGAACAUACAUACAGUUCCUUCAACAAAGUAUGGAAUGAACUUGAAUUUGUAUAUGUACAUUUUGGGUGCCUUUCCCAAGACUUCCACCCAGAUUUUAUGCAUGUAUUUUUUGAUGCUAUCCUUAGUGUAAUUUAUGCACUCUACUUUAUGUACCAUUCUCAGCCUGAAGUGUGGGAGAAAAUCCAUAUACGUGUUACCCCAGAAGAAUGGAAAACGAUGUUUGAUUUUUAUAUAUACUGCUGUCAUGAGAAAAUAUUUCUUGAAUCAGUCUUUGUGUUUAAACGGUUACGGGAAGAAAAGGCUUUUCAUUUUACAAUUACCACCACUAUUAAAGGAUCUAAUUACUUGGAACAAAAAGAGGCGGAAACCCCCAACAAUUUAUUAGACCGCUUACGGAACUUUAAGCAACAGCGGAUAGAAUGUGAUGCAGCAGGUAUCAAUUCUAAUGAACACGCCACAAAGUUUAAGGCUUUAGCGGGAAAAUUCAAGCGUGCCAAAGAAGCCACUCUCAGGACGCCACAAGCAACAAUUGCCAUUAAAGAGCUUCUUGAAAAACGUGCUAAUAUUAAAGAAAGCAAUUCUCGCCUACUCCAGAGUGCACUGACAUCAAGUGCACUGGCAAUUGACGAUAAUGCAUUUCUUGAACAACUUGAUACGCCAACUACCAAGCUGUGGAAAGAAAGAGAAAGUCGGUUACGAGAUUCCUGGAUAUAA